CUGCCUGUUCUUCAAACCUGCCAAUAUUUUCAGUUUUCACCAACCUUUCAACGUUCCUCCCGCUUCACCGGAAAACCGAUUAUGACGCGCCUAGCCACCGGCGUAAUUCUCCUUCUUUUUGCUAUAUGCGGUCUCUCCGUCGGUAGCAGAGACAUCGUCGAAGACGUUAUCCGGUUGCCAUCGGAAGCGUCUAGCUUCUUCCGUCCUGGUGGUGCUAAUGUUGCUGAAGAUGACGACUCCACUGGGACGAGAUGGGCAAUUCUUAUUGCCGGAUCUAGCGGGUACUGGAAUUACAGGCACCAGGCUGAUGUUUGCCAUGCUUAUCAACUCUUGAGGAAAGGUGGACUGAAGGAGGAAAAUAUCGUGGUUUUCAUGUAUGAUGACAUUGCUUAUAAUGAAGAAAACCCAAGGCCUGGGAUCAUCAUUAACAAUCCACAUGGCGAGGAUGUUUAUAAGGGUGUUCCAAAGGAUUACACUGGUGAAGAUGUUACUGUCAACAAUUUUUUGGCUGCUAUCCUUGGAAACAAAACUGCUCUUACUGGUGGUAGUGGGAAAGUUGUUGAUAGUGGUCCUAAUGAUCAUAUUUUCAUUUAUUACACCGAUCAUGGGGGUCCUGGGAUACUAGGGAUGCCUACCAAUCCUUACCUUUAUGCUAAUGAUCUGAUUGAUGUCUUAAAAAAGAAGCAUGCUUCCGGGACCUAUAAAAGCUUGGUGUUCUAUCUUGAAGCUUGUGAAUCAGGGAGCAUCUUUGAGGGCCUUCUUCCCAAGGGUUUGAAUAUUUAUGCAACCACAGCAGCUAAUGCAGUAGAGAGCAGUUGGGGCACCUACUGCCCCGGAGAGUAUCCCAGUCCUCCCCCAGAAUAUGACACAUGUUUGGGUGACUUAUAUAGUGUUGCUUGGAUGGAGGACAGUGACAUACACAAUUUACAGACAGAAACUUUAUACCAACAAUAUCAACUGGUUAAAAGGAGAACUGCGAAUGACAAUUCUGCAUAUGGCUCUCAUGUCAUGCAAUAUGGUGAUACAGGACUUAGCACAAAUAAUCUCUUCCUGUAUAUGGGUACAAAUCCUGCAAAUGAUAACUAUACUUUUGUGGAUGAAAAAUCUUUGAGACCUCCUUCAAAAGCUGUUAACCAGCGUGAUGCUGAUCUCGUCCAUUUCUGGCAUAAGUACCGCAAGGCCCCUGAUGGCUCUACUAGAAAGGUUAAAGCUCAGAAGCAGUUUGUUGAAGCAAUGUCUCAUAGGAUGCAUAUAGACAACAGCAUGAAACUUGUUGGGAAGCUCCUAUUUGGAAUUGAAAAAGCCUCAGAGGUGCUGAACGCAAUUCGUCCUGCUGGAAAACCUGUUGUUGAUGAUUGGAUGUGCCUCAAAACACUGGUGAGGACAUUUGAGACACAUUGUGGAUCCCUGUCCCAGUACGGAAUGAAGCACAUGCGGUCUAUUGCAAACCUCUGCAAUGCUGGAAUUGGAGAGGAACAGAUGGCCGAAGCAUCAGCACAAGCUUGUGUGAGCUUUCCAUCUGGUCCAUGGAGCUCCCUUAACAAGGGUUUCAGCGCAUAAUUGAAGAAUAUCCAUAUAUUUAAAGGAUAUACCAUUCAAUUAUAUUAUCUACCGUUACAAGUUUGCUGUAUUGUGAUUAUUGUCCUUGCCAUUGCUUCUGUGUAAAUAUAAUUAGAAGCAGAUCUCUACCUGAAUGCCAUUGUAAUUAACACGUUUCAUAUUUAAGAAUGCAUGAAAAUUUGACUUA